ACAUAAAAAUUAACUUGACAUAUUUACUUGACUUGGAAGCUUACAAUGUUUUUAGUUUUAUAAGUAUUGAAAAAUUGAAGUCAACGGAGAAAAAUAUUACUCUGGUUAAAACACACUAGACACUGACAUUAAAAUAGAAGUAAUUGAAGAACUCAAUAAGAAUAGUUUGUAACCAGAAAUGUCUGAAGAGACUGCUAUAAAAAAUGUUUCAGGAUUUGAGGAAGACAAACACAUUAAAGAGGAGAAUAUAGAGACCACUCCAGUACAGGAGCAGCAUAAUUUUAUUACUGAUGAUGGGGAGCCAAAAAUAACUGUAAAAGAGGAAAAUUACGUUGAUGUCCCAGAGCUUUUUUCAAUAACCUCUGACUUACCUCAAUUUGAAACUGGUCAAUUCAAAAUAGAGGAUAGUGAAAAGUGUCAAAGUAUCAGAAUUGAGAAUUCAUCUGAUUUUGAGGACCCUUUGAGUUCCUAUAUUUUUACUCAAAAUGAAAACUGUAUUGAAAAUGUUGAUCAAGGCUUGUAUGAAGAACCAAAGAAUGGUUUUCAGUCGCAAGGAAAAGUUCAUACAGGAGAAAAACUAUUUUGUUGUAAUUGUUGCUCCAAAACUUUCACUUAUUUUGGUUUUUUGAAGAGACACAAGAAAUUGCAUAAGACGGAAACUUCAUUCAGUUCCACACUGAGUUCUACCAAUUUACUUCAAUCUAGUCUUCAAACGGUAGAAAAAUCCCAUAAAUGUGAAGUCUGUUCAAAAUAUUUUUAUGAUAGUUCUGCCUUAUCAAAGCACUCCAGAAUUCAUACAGGGAAAAAAUCUUUCGAAUGUGAAAUCUGUUCAAAAUCGUUUUUCCGCAAAGAUGAAUUGGUAACUCAUUUCAGAACUCAUACAAAUGAAAAACCACACACAUGUGAAGUGUGCUUAAGAUCCUUUUCUGCCCGUAGUGACCUGAAAAAGCAUUCCAGAAUUCAUACUGGGGAAAAACCAUAUGAGUGCAAGUAUUGCUCCAAAUCAUUUACUAACAGUGGUAACUUGAGAAAGCAUACCAGAAUUCACACAGGAGAAAAUCCACAUAAAUGCGAAGUGUGCUCAAAGACUUUUUACAACAAUGCUAACUUGGUGAAACAUUCCAGAAUUCAUACAGGAGAAAAACCAUAUGAAUGCAAAGUUUGUUUCAAAUCUUUUACUGAAAAGCCUACAUUGGUUGUACAUUCGAGAAUUCAUACGGGAGAAAAACCAUAUAAAUGUGAGGUCUGUUCAAAAUCUUUUUCAGGUAGAAGUAACUUUGCAACACACUUCAGAAUCCAUACAGGCGAAAAACCCUAUCAAUGCACUGUCUGUUCAAAAUCAUUUCGUUAUGGAUCUGUUUUGGUGAAGCAUUCCAAAAUUCACACAAGGCAAACACAGCAUAAAUGUGAAAUAUGUUCCAAAUCUUUUUCAAAGAGUUCUGCUUUGGUUAGGCAUUCAAAAAUUCAUAAAAGGGAAAAACUAUAUAAAUGCAAAGACUGUUCAGAAUCGUUUUCCAGCAAUGACGAUUUGAUGAAUCACUCUGGAGUUCACGCAAAAGAUAAACCACACAAAUGUGAAAUCUGCUCAAAAUGUUUUUCUAUCCGUAGGGAUCUGGUGAGACAUGGCAGAAUUCAUACAGGUGAAAAACCUUAUAAAUGCAAAAUUUGCUCAAAAAUGUUUGCAAACAGUGGUUCCAUGUCAAAGCAUUCUAGAAUUCACACAAAAGACAAAUUUACACAAAAGAAAAAUUCACACAAGGGAAAAAGCGUUUCUGAAACACACAAAGUCAAAUUUGAAAGUGCAUUGAAGUGAAAAAGCAUUUCUGAAACACACAAAGUCAAAUUUGACUCGAAGCUAUUUCAGAAAUCUCUAAAAAUCAACCAUGAAUAAAAAUCAUGAUGACUAUAAUUCAAUGAGGGCCAAUCUCGAAAACUGCUAUUUGAAUCCCGUUCCUAACCUACAAGCAAUUCUUCUUCAUUUUUUAUGGUGUUUGUUUUUCCUACAAGCUAUUGAUGACAAAAAAUGUAUUGGGUGAAUCCAAUGGUAUAUUUCCAGGUUUGUCGCAGCAGAACAUCUUAUUAAAGGAAAUUACAUUUGAGAAUGUAGAUUGUGCACUUCUCAAAAUUGAAACUCGUGCUAUAAAGUUGGAUGAAAUGGACUUGAAAAUACUAACUUUCAUUUUCCCUGUUUUCAGUUCAUAUAAUUAUUAAUUGUUUCAAAACAGAUGGGGGGGGGGGUCAAAAUUGAAAUUCAAUUUAAUAAUGUUUGUCUUUAUGUGGAGAUUUGAAGAAAGUUAUUACAUAUUAACAGAUCUUAUGUCAUAUCUGAAAUGGUCUUUCCUCUGUGAAACCUAAAUCAUAUGGAGCCUUUCUCACUACUUUGUAAUAUACUGGUCAUCAUUAUUAGCAAAAGGCUACACUGCAAAAACAUUCAAAACUCGUGUGUUAUGAGAAAAUUCAAUCACGAAGAUGUGGUCAAAGUAUUUAAUGGGAUACUGCAUAAUUGGCUGAAGUUUAAAAAACAUCUCAAGUAUUAUUUUUUUUUCAAAAUAGACGUAACUUUUUACAGUUUCUGAAGUCGUUAUUUUAUCAUGUAUUAUUGCAAAUAAAUCCCUUUGUACUUAUUCAAAUCUAUGUAUUAGAAAUAAACUACAUAAAUGUCAA